UUAGGGCACUUUUCCCUCUCAACUUAGCUGAGCUUUGUCAUUUCUCUGUAGUCUCAACGAUUUUGGUUUUCUCUACUUGUUGCUGUUUGCUGAAAUUAGGAAGAUUAAUUUAUUCAAUUCAAGUCCGAAGAAGUAAAGCCGUAAAGGAAUGAAUGUUGAUGGGGAAGGAGGUGAAGGUCUGAAAAUGGAGGAGAAGUUGGUGUAUAUGUGUGGGUAUUUGCCAGGAGCAUUGCCGCAGAGAGCGCCUAUUUUGUCGCCGGUGGUGGUCCGGCUUCCGUCCGGCGAGAAUGCGUGGAAGGAUGUUUGUGGCGGUGGCUGUGGUUUCGCCAUGGCUAUUUCAGACUCAGGGAAGCUCAUUACAUGGGGAUCGACUGAUGACUUGGGACAAAGCUAUGUGACAUCAGGGAAGCAUGGGGAAAUGCCAGAGCCUUUCCCACUUCCUGAAGAGGCCAUAAUAGCAAAAGCGGCUGCUGGUUGGGCGCAUUGUGUUUCUGCAACAGUCAUUGGGGAGGUUUACACUUGGGGAUGGAAAGAAUGUGUACCUUCUGGCAAGGUCAUUGGGGAUAAUUCCACUGGUUUAAACACAGAGAAGGAAUCACAAAUGACUGAUCAAGUAAGUCCUCGUUCUCAUGGACUGAAAUCCAGUGAUGGUAGAGGGGCUGAUGAGACUUCUAAAAGAAGACGUGUUUCACCAGCUAGGCAUUCAGCUGAGAGCUCAUCUUGUGAUGAAACUCUUUCAGCUUUCCCUUGUUUAGUGGCUCUUAACCCAGGUAUGAGGAUUGCAUCUGUUGCUGCUGGUGGUCGACACACCUUAGCAUUGUCAGUUACAGAUGUGGGACAAGUGUGGGGUUGGGGCUAUGGAGGUGAGGGGCAGUUGGGUUUGGGAUCACGAAUUAGAAUGGUAUCCUCUCCUCAUCCUGUACCAUGCAUUGAUUCAUCCUUCAACAAGGGUCGUUCUCUGGGCCUUUCUGGUGGAAACAUGGGUUCAGAUAACCAGGGAUUUCGAGUUCCCGGAAACUAUGUAAAAGCAAUCGCUUGUGGAGGUAGACAUAGUGCAGUCAUCACAGAUGCUGGUGCACUGCUAACUUUUGGUUGGGGAUUAUAUGGGCAGUGUGGCAAAGGAAGUACAGACGAUGAGCUUAGUCCUACUUGUGUGUCUUCAUUACUUGGGAUCAAGAUAGAUGGUGUAGCCGCAGGACUUUGGCAUACAAUCUGCAUUUCUGCUGAUGGAGAUGUUUAUGCUUUUGGCGGAAACCAGUUCGGUCAGUUGGGAACCGGUGGUGAUCAAGCUGAGACUCUGCCUCGACUCCUUGAUGCUACAAGUCUGGAAAACGUCAAUGCAAAAGCAGUGUCCUGUGGGGCCCGCCAUAGUGCAGUUGUGACAGAGGAUGGCAAAACAUUUUGCUGGGGAUGGAACAAAUAUGGGCAGCUUGGUUUGGGUGACGUGAUUGAUCGGAAUACUCCCUCUCAAGUAGCGAUGGAUGGACAUGUGGCGAGAAACGUGGCAUGUGGGUGGUGGCACACCCUUCUCCUUGCUGAGCCACCUAGCUGAUCAUGUCCCUCCCAGCCGAGACGGGUACAAUUUUGUUAUAGGUUAGUAUCAGAUGGAUUAUUGGCAUCGGUGUGUGAUAUGUGUACGAGUAGGCAUAUUCUUUAGCGAUCGACGCGCAGUGGCUUGGUGAUCUUUUAGCAACUGGGUCUGAUUAAGUACUUCUCUUUGGUGUCGAUUGUAUAUUUGCCAUUGUAUAUUCUUACUCAUUUCUCUCUACUCUCAUGUAUUCUUGUCAUCACUCUUCACAUUCUCUUUUUAUUUCUUGUUGUAAUGGUUCCUUUUUUUUGGGUCUAAUUUCUGACAUAUACUUCUUGAUUUUACUAUAUGAUUGUUAUAGUUGUGUUGA